AUGGCUAAGGCGAAGAAGGGAGUCUUUUUUAAGCGGUGGCUGCUGCUUGUUGUUCCAGCAGUAGUUGCGUUGGCGUUGGUGGUUCGGUUCUUGAACAAUUCCAAGGCCAGUGAUCUGCAGAACUUAUUGCAGAAUUUACCGAAGGAAAUCUCGCAAAGUAUCAAUUCUGCCGCUUCGAGCCAAAAAAGCGAUGCUGACUUGAUGCAGCAGUUUGAAGCAUUGGCUAAUGAGAUCAGGAGGAAACAGGAAGACCAAAGCAAACAAUAUGAAAAACAGCGUCUGAAGCUGGAAAAGCAGAUACAAGAGCUGCAGCAGAUCCCCGAGAAGGCUACUUUGCGUGAGAAAUUGGUCUACGCCUUUAGAUACGACACGAAAAGCAAGUUUCCAGCUUACAUAUGGCAAGUGAAGCCUAACUUUGAGAGCGAUCUUGAGGAUAUCUUGGAUCGGGAGAGAAACUGGGACGAUAAGAACCCCGGGUUUGUUCACGAAAUUACAAACGAAGACAUGGCAGAGACGCUAGUUAGGCACUUCUAUUCGGGGAUUCCGGAAGUCAUAGAAGCCUAUCUGGCACUGCCGUCCACCGUGCUGAAAGUGGACUUCUUCAAGUACUUGGUUCUAUUGGCCCGUGGUGGUGUGUUUGCAGACAUGGAUACUAACCCACUUCAACCAGUGCCCAACUGGAUUCCGGAAGAAAUUGAACCACACAAGAUUGGUAUUAUCGUUGGAGUCGAACACGAUGCGAAUUCCCCCGAUUGGAGAAGUCGCUACGUCAGGAGGUUGCAAUUUGGUACGUGGAUUAUCCAGGCCAAGCCAGGACAUCCAAUCAUCAGAGAAGUUGUUGCCAAGAUCACCGAAGCAACCCUGCAGCGCAAAAAGGAGGGUGCCCUUAACGUCAAUUUGAGAAAUGAUCUGAACAUUAUGAGUUGGACCGGGUCAGGCCUGUGGACUGAUGUGAUUUUCACCUAUUUCAACGACUACAUGAGAAGCGGCAUCCUGCGGAAGAUAACAUGGAAAGAGUUCCAUGAACUGAAAGAACCCAAGCUGUUGAGCGAUGUUCUAGUCUUCCCACAAUUCUCGUUCAAUGCACCAAUUGAAGUUAAGAAUGACGACCCAAAUAAGCCGUUGUAUUUUACCACACACAAAGGCAGAAAGUCGUGGAAGACUGCCCCAAAAGUCGAGGGCAAUUGA